AUGGGGCAGCGCCUUUCAGGAGCUGAGAGGGAGGGGGACAGCAUGAGGCCGGGGGUGCAGGAUGAGGACUGGCAGCCAGUGCCACCUCCUGGGGUGCUCCUGAGGACAUACAGCCCGGGGACAGCUGGAGCAGCCGAGAAGGUGUCCUCCCUGGGCAAGGACUGGCACAAGUUCUGCCUGAAGUGUGAGCGCUGCAACAAGACCCUGACCCCGGGCGGGCACGCUGAGCACGAUGGGAAGCCCUUCUGCCACAAGCCCUGCUACGCCACGCUGUUCGGCCCCAAAG